GAUAGUGAUGCUGUGCGUUCCUGAAGUUCAAACACCAUUGUACAAUCAUAUUAAUCCCAUAGUUAUUACUACAUUAAUCGUGUGUAUUUAUUAAUAUUUUUUGUUAUUGUUGUGAUGGUGGUUAAAGUGGCUAUUAGCGUAGAAAUAAAAUGCGUCGUUAUAAUCGAGCAAAUCAAGCUGAGAAAGAGAGAGCGGUAAACUUCUGAAAAGCAAAAAACAACAACAUUGUGUAAAAGCAUUUUCUCAAUCUUAAGUGCAAGGACGGUAUAUAGAUCGCCGAAUCGUUCACGUCAUUGGUGAUGGUGAAGAAUGUGAAGUCGAGAUGACGGCGUGCAAGUGCUGGACGGAGGGUGCGCGAUGUGUGUUAGCGUGUGGUGGACGUAGACGAUACCGCACGCGCGGGUGCACGUGGCUGUUGGCGCUGAUCCUGGUGCUGACGCCUGUUGUCAUCGCGGAUAACUUAGAGAUUACUUUAUCGGAGAAAGUUCUAAGUCCUAUCCUUAGAUUGCGAGGUCAGUGCGAUCGUUAG